AUGAUCAAAAUCAAAUUACUUUCUGAUAGAGCCAGAAUCCCAAAAAGAGAUUCACCACAAGCUGUUGGUCUUAUUCUUCACGCUGCUAAAUCAAAAACAAUUAAACCUCGAGAUAAAGUUGUUGUUCCUACAGAUUUACAAAUUGAAAUUCCAACGGGUUGUUAUGGUCGAAUUACUCAAAGACCUGGAUUAGAAUAUAAUCGCUCAAUUGCUGUUGGUACAAGUAUUAUUGAUUCUGAUUACCGAGAAAAUGUUGGUGUUGUAGUUUUCAACUUUAGUAAUGACUAUUACAGGAUAAAUCAUGGAUCUCGAAUCGCUCAGUUGAUUUGUGAAAAAAUAAUAAUUCCUGAAGUAGUUGUAGUUAAGUAA